UCUAUUGUAACUGCGUAACUGCGUUUGUUGAUCAAACAAGAACGAACGGGCCAAGGUUGCGUUCGUGAUAUACAAGAGCCUCUUUUCCCACGAGGUUGAGACAUCGAGGGGCGAGAUAAGAAAACAACAUUUACCUAAGACUACAUCAUGGGACUGUCGGGUCCAACAGCUCGCCGCCGCAACCAUGCUUGGCUCCAGAUGAGAGGCCUUAGGAGGCGGGCUACACGCCUCACUCGGCGCCAAGAAGACGACGACGACGGCGAUGCCGCAAACGACGCCGAUAGCUCUGGCGAUGAGUCCGUUGAUUCCGUCGACACAUCUGAUGAUGAAUCCGGCACUGAACCCACCACGACCGUCCGUCCCCUUCUGGCUUCCAUGCCUGUCCGACUUGGGACAGGAAAGGGGGUCAUUCCCCUGCCUAAGCCCACCGCCACCGCAGGCGCAGACGUGGCUACAGGCGUGACACUGGGGGCGGCUGAACCCGGUGAGGUGGAUGAUUCGGGAUUCGAGUCCGAGUCUGACGGCGUUGAGUCCAAUGAAGAUGAGCCUGGCCAUCGACCGGACGGUCAUCCAAACAAAGGGAGGCCACCUCCACCAUCAUCUACCAUCACACAGAGUUCGGCGGCUCCUUCGAUAACAUCGGUGUCUGCAACGGCCACCACCACCAGUCUCGAUAACCUUGUAAGCUCCUUGGCUGGGACCGCAACGCCUUCGCCCACCGUCCCAGUGGCUGGGGGCGCGCAGUUUGAAGAAGGCGUGCUUGAUCCUGGCCGCGAAGCCAACGAGCAAGCCAGUGACUCCGUCAGCGUUGGCACCGAGAUGCAGAGCAAACUAAGCUCAGCUGCACUGGCGGGAAUAGUGCUCGGGGCUCUGGCCUUCGCCGGCCUUCUCGUCGGUGCCGCCAUCAUCUGGCGUAAGCGUCGCCGUGACGGCGGUUUCCCAUUCUUCCCCCAAACCCGAUUCCGCCUGAACGAUGACGACGAGUCCCACGCUCCCUCUUCCCACGCUCCCUCCGUCACUGGGCCCCUUCCCGGCGAAGUGGGCGGUAAGAAUCAGGCCAAGACCAACACACAAAUCAUGGACGACCUCAUGAGAGCUGCCUACGCAACCGACAAAGGAAGUAACGACAUGGAAGGCGCGUAUGCUCCCGCCGUGCCCAAACCAACUCCUCAGCUUUCGCAGCAGCAACACGAGGAGGCCGCCGUCUUUAUGGACGAGAAAGCCUAUGCGGCGCUGCAGCGCCCUCAAACACCAGGAUCACCCAAAGAGCCGGUCAUGGACUGGUUGCAUGAAGUCAAGACGCCAACGCAGCCGAAUGGGCCCGAGAUGCCGCCUACGCCGGAGACGCCGUCCACGGCGGCGAUGCCGAGAUUGAUGCACGGCGGACGAGUGCCUGAGCCCCCAAAGCCGGCUUACCAUGGGAGGGAUACCAUGACGACGGACACCACGAAUACUAGCGUGCGUUGGUACGGGUGAGGGGUAACAGGUGCGCUUGAGAAUGCCUGGCCACAGGGUCCAACGUGAUGAGGUGUACCAUACUUCCGUAACGGAUUGCCUUGGCCUUGGAGACAGCGAGCCUAGAUGUACAUAUAAUCGUAGCGUAUUGGUACUAGCCACAUAUGCCUUGGAUUGCUGGAAGUACAAGUGGGUUUGCAUGGGCAUGUUGGUAUAACCUCGUGUCCCU